AUGGGGGAACUUAGUGACAUGACAGCCAUUAAGGCGGAGGAUAUCUUGGCCACCCUUCAGAGCUUAGAAUUGAUCCAAUACCGAAAGGGGCAGCAUGUCAUUUGUGCAGAUCCCAAGGUAUUGGAUCGUCAUCUGAAAGCUGCUGGCCGAGGUGGUCUUGAAGUUGAUGUUAGCAAAUUGAUAUGGACCCCUUAUAAAGAGCAAAAUUGA